AUGGCUAUGAACUGGAUUUACUCGAUGACGGGUCUCACCCCUCCGGCGCAUUACGUCGCAGAGGCUCCAAAUAAUUUGGCCACCGGCUGUUUCGACCUCAGCAAUAGUUGGGAGGCUCAGGCAGCCUCUACGACUUAUUCUCCCGAGCAGGAAGUGGUCGCUAUGGGUAGUAGCGCAAUUUCUGUGCAACCCCCGUACUCGACACCAAUUUCAGGUUCCGGGUACUCGUUCAAGCUUCAGGGAGCCCCACCCGGCUCUCUAGAUAAUAAUCACCAUCUUCGAGAUCACGCAAUGUCCCCGUUUGCAUAUCAAUUAAAUUUGGCCACCAGCUCGAACUCGAGUGAAGGUAUGGGGCUGGAUACUACUCAACAUGAAUAUCCUUCAGAGCCCUACCAGGCAUUUGGUCGAACAGUGUAUGAGCCAUACGGGAGCAACUCAACGUACACGCAGGUUGGGUGUUCUGAGGCACCAACCCUUCCGGGUAUUUCCUACGUAUAUACGUCUUAUCCGGGUGAGAACCGUCCUAGGCUCUUCAAUGCAGAGCACCGUUAUCAUCCAGCGAGGUCAUUGUUGGGUGAGUUCAUUAGGGGUAUGUCCCUGGACAAGAGAGGGUCGCAGUCACCUGUUACUUUGGGCCUUGAGGGCAUCCCCCUAGAUAAGGAUACGUGGACUUCGUUCGCGGUCUCUUCCCCCUCACUGGCAAGCCUUAGCUCGUCCCCGGCUUCCCUACAGCGCGGCCGAAGUGCACUUGGCACGCCAUAUUCGGGCUUCGAGGACUCUCCCGUGUCACAAGAGGAACCCCUUCCGAGCUACCCAGCUGCGCACCCGAUUUCGAGUUUGAGCUACCAGUCCGAUGGUCCUGUCAGGAGGCGCGUUUUCUUGAGCAAUCGCGGCCCCGUUAGCAAUACCCAUGCAAUUCCUUCGCGAGCUAUUCCUACUGGUUCUCAGCUUCUGGCUGGCACACAAGUUACAAAUGCCUCGACUGAAUCUCCUAACUCAUCAAGACAGGGGAAGACAACUAGAAGACCUGUAUCGAACAACGGACCAUUGCGCGUGGAACGUCUAACUCGGAGUACUUCCUCAAAGUCGGUCCAAGGUUACGAACAAAGCCGUAAAGAUCGUCACCAUCCUUACGGUCGUUCCCAAAAAAUGUCCGCGCACGAACAGCUCAUCGAUUUUGACACCCCGGGCACUACCACAUCAUCGGCCAGCAACUCAGGUCCAAAGAAGACGAAAGGCAAGAAGUCUAAGGGACCAAAAGAGUACAAGCGCGUGGAUUGCGAGUACGUAUGUCCCGUCAAGAAGGUGCCCUGCGGUCAAUCUAUGAGUCGAGUGGCAGACUUGCCACGACACAUGCAGAGACACAGGAGGACUGAACAAUCUAUGGUUGAGGACGGCCUCUUGUCUCCGGACGAGCAAACGAAUUUUGAAAACUUGAAAGCGGACGAGACCACCUUGUGUAAGGGAUGCAGAAAGUCACUUAGUCGCAUAGAUGCGUUAUUACGACACCUGAAAUAUGGGGGCAGUGCAUGCAGGCGCCAUUAUCCCAAACUCACUAUCACAGACUAG